GCUAUUACAACUUGCAGCAACUGCCACAGCACAUUGCAAGGACGGCAAGAAGCGGCUGUAGAAAGAGGUGGCUGCAGGCAGCGUUCUCUAAUCGUCAAAAAGGUUGGCCCGUAUAAACUCCGUGCUGUCAUCUUACAUUACUUUAUAGCUCGUUGAUUGACACUCACGCUUAAAGGAAUACGAUUUCACCGCUAGCGCCACUCAUAGACGCCGAGUCAGAGUGGCGUGUGGAGAGCUCAAUGGUCACACACUGAUCGUCAUACUUGUAUAGUAACAACGAAAAUUUGUACGCGUUUUAUCCACGUAAAAUAUGAAAGACCUGGAAAAGUCGGAUUAUUCUGGCGAAGACAUCGAAACGGAGAGCAGUGUCACUUCUUCGUCUUCAGACCAAGCAGGCGAACUAUCACCGACGUCAACAUUCACGGAGCCCGAAGAAGAGCCUGAGGAGAGACCCGCACAGAAGAAGAAAAAAAGACGACGGAAGAGAAUGCUUACAGGAGUAAGCAGACAACGUCGAGCUGCAAAUGAACGAGAACGCAAGCGAAUACAAGGUGUAAACAGAGCGUUUGUAGACCUAAAGAACACGUUGCCUGUGUCCCACAUGGAUAUAUCAAAGAUUGACAUACUACGUGUGGCUGCUCAAUGGAUAGAUCACCUAACGGAGAUACUACACCAAGAUGACAUUGCACGCUCGUCCGAUGGCUUAAUACACGAGAAUCUCUAUGACGAACACGAGCUUUACAAACUACUUGAUAACAGUCAAUUUUCAAACGACGACGACGAUUUACUAGAAGAUUUUCUGCACAUGGAUGUGGAUGUCUGGCAAAACUGGCAGCCAUCGAGCGGGACUGGAGUGUGUGUUCAUACCGAGGAACCAUACCUUAAGAACCUCUUGUACGACAGCACGAUAUCCAGUACAGACUACCUAAGCUCACCAUUGGUCGACCUGGCUAACCACCUUUGAAAUAAAGGACCUAGUAAAGACUGCGUAAACACGUGAUCAAGGAACUAAAGACCGCAGGGGCKCCAUGUAUCAUUCCAAGAAAGGACCGGUUGAAUGGAGGGACAUCUCGAGACUAGUUACCAUAGAAAAAACAAUAUAGGAUACUAGCUAAACACACGCAAAACAACGAAAAAAGAACAAAAUGUUUCUUAAAUAACAAAACUGACUUUGAUAUAUAUUUUGAAAUAAAAUCAAAGCAUUCUUAAAAAAAAAACACAUUCAGAUAUAGUACAGACGGAGAUAUUUCGCAGAAAGUACCAAAAAAAUGUAAAUCGUUAACGUCAUUCGCGCCGUAGUUUGGGCGCUCUCACCGGUGAGAGCCUCGUUUGCAGGUCAAAACACUAGACUCCCAUUGGYCAAUAUAGUGACCAGUGGACAGACACAUGAUUUCCCAUCAUACUUUUAGAUCAUAGAGUAUUUAUAGAGUAUCAUCAAAUAGAGAUUAAAUAAGUUUUGAUAAUUUUAUAGAUGACAACUUUAUAUACAUAUUUGAAAAUAAAGAUCAACUCAGACAUAAAAAUGAAGAAAAUAAACAUGUUUUAA